AACAUUCGCGGUAAAAAUACCACUAACGUUACUCACGUCACUGUCCGACUCUGGAGAUUUUGUUUCUGUCAUUGUUUUUGUUUAUACAUAUUGUUAGUGAGUAUUUUAUCUAUCAUUAUAUUUAAUAAAUGAAUGCGAAGAUGAGUAGGAUGACGAAAGCACUGAGAGCUGUUCAGCGGGAGCUGCAGGGUGCAAAACAGAGCAGUGAUAAUGCGGUGGAGUCUCCACAGCCCCUGGACAUUUCAUCCAUAGAGAAAACCAGUUUAUUUCAUGGAGACCAGUAUUCUCCUCAUGGGAACCCCCUUCACAGCACAGCUUUGGAAGAAGAUCUCAGUCCUGGACCAGAACAGAACCAAAAGUCUGCUCCAGAGAAGUUGGGUCGACUGCGAGCUAGGAAGCCUGUUCUUAGUGUAACGGACACUACAGCAGUUACUCAGGCUAAGAAAAUAGGCAAAGCUGUUUCUGAUGCAUUGAGUAAGAAAGCUUCAUCCAAAGAGAACCAGGAACCACCUCAGCCAACAAAUAAAGGAGCAAAAUCAGUAGUAAGAAAAGUUAAAGGCAGACCUUUGCCAACCAUAUCAGAAGGCAGAGAUAAUGCAGGAAAGAAAAGAACAUCAAUCCCUACAAGCUACAGAGCCAAGGUGAGAGUUCAAAGGAAUAGUUCACACAAAAAUGAAACCCUAUGCUUAAAUAUUUUGACUGGUUUCUGCAGGCAGACCAUAAACUCUGAAGCAGUCAAACGCUCCAUUGAUGCUGUCAGUCGCUCGUUUGAGGAGCAGCUCUCGGAGAUAAUCACAGCAACAAAGCAACUCAAGAAUGUGAAAAGAGAAAAUAACAAGAUCAAUAGCACUAUUAAUAAGAAGAGGACCAGACUUGUGGAAGCCAAUAAUGAGCUCAUUAAGGGAAAGACAAAGCUGAGGAUCCUUCAGAAAGAGCAUGAUGAGAUGGAACAGAGACUCAAAGCUCUGAGAGAAGGAUCCUCUUUGCUAACUAACCUGCAGGAGCUCAACAGGAAGUACCUGAAGCACCAUAAAGCUCAUCCGGAUGAGGUGGAAACGUAUGGCCCAUCCUGUAUGCCUGCCAUGUUGAUGGAAGCCAGGUGCAUCAUGGGAACAGAGCACCAGCUAAAGACUGUCAAUGACCAUCUACAGCAGGUCUUAGAUGAAACAGAAAAUGAAUAACUAACACGCACUGUACAGCUCGACAAAACAAAUAAACA